AUGAGGAAUGAGGAGCUGUAUUCUUCAGAUCACUUACUUAUGCUCUGCUGCUUCCAACUGAUGAAGGAAGAUCCACACUCACUCUGAGGAAAUGGCAUGCAAGUUUGGGACAUAUCUAGCUUUCUUCUUUCUCCUGGCAAGUCUGGCUGUCAUCAUUACAAUAUCCGUGAUCCAGGGUCAUAAGCGUGUCUUUGAGUCACGUCUGAAGUAUGGCAUAGUAAUUGACUCAGGCUCCUCCCGCUCUACUGUGCAUCUGUAUCAAUGGCCAGCCGAGAAGCAAAAUAACACUGGAGUGGUGAGCCAGACACUCAGAUGCAUGGUCGCUGGCCCUGGUAUCUCAGAUAUGUUAGUUGACAAUGCACAGGACCAACAGUCCUGGGCGUCGAUCAGAGAAUGUAUGAACAACAUCACAAAAAUCGUCCCCGCAGACCAACACAAUUCAACCGUCCUCUACCUUGGGGCAACUGCUGGGAUGAGACUGCUACAUUCACAGAAUGAAACCAAAUCCAAUGAGAUCUUAAAGAACCUGCAGAACUACCUCCAAUCCCUGCCGUUUAACUUCCAAAACGCCUCCAUCAUGUCAGGGAAAGAGGAGGGGCUGUACGGAUGGAUCACCGUCAACUACCUGCUGGGAAACUUCCUGGAGAGAAACAUAUGGAACAUGUGGGUGCGGCCUGCCGGAGGGAAGAUGGUGGGCUCCAUGGAUCUAGGAGGGGCGUCCACCCAGAUAGCGUUCACCCUCCCAGAUCCCAACGUCCAGGGAACAGACAUCGUACGGGUCUCCCUCUAUGGCUACGAAUACAACAUCUACACUCACAGCUUCCUGUGUUAUGGGAAGAACGAGGCAGAGAAGAGAGUCCUCGCUGCUUUAGUGAAGAACUCUGAGAACGCUACACAUGUGACCAACCCCUGCUUCAAUCUUGGUUACAACAUGACUGUGUCGGCUGAGUCCAUCUUUGGGACUGAGUGCAUAGAAACGCCUGCCGACUACGAUCCCAAACAGAUGAUCACCCUGAAGGGGUCAUCAGACAACGGAGCCUGUAGGGACGUGGUGAAAUCCAUAUUUGACCUGACCUGCACGAAUAACUGUUCCUUUGACGCAGUCUACCAACCAUCCGUGGGACCCGGGGACUUUCUGGCCUAUGCUGGGUUCUUCUACACUGCUCAGGCUGUCGAGCUGAAAGGCAUUUCACAACUGGACCAGUGGAACUCCUCUACCUGGGAAUUCUGCUCCUGGGACUGGCCCACCCUCACGCUAAAAAAGUCCUGGAUAGCUGAAAAAUACAGAAAGUCCUACUGCUAUUCAGCACAUUACGUCCAGACAUUACUUGUAAAUGGCUACAAGUUCAAUAAAGACACUUGGAAACACAUUGACUUCCAAAAACAGGUACAUAACACAAAUAUAGGCUGGAGUCUGGGCUACAUGCUACAUACAUCCAACAUGAUCCCUGCUGAGGCCGAGCUGGUGCGUCUGCCCAUGGCCAACUCUGUGUUCGGUGGCCUCCUCUUCCUCUUCACCGCCCUCACCAUCGUCAGUGUCAUGUUCCUGAUCAUCAAGGCUGUGCGCGCCUGCUACUGACCCCCACUAGAGGGCAGAGUGUUCAAAUUACAGUAAAACCUAGAGUUACAGUAACUUUCCCAAAAUGUGUUUUUUCCAGAAAUCUGUUUUGGAAGAUUCCUGGAAUCAGGAGGGAAUGGAAUCCUCCAACCAGGAUUUCUAAAAAACCUUGUAAUUUUGGGAAAGUUACAGAAUAUAUACAGCCCUAGUUAAACCCGAUGGAGGAAAGUGCUUCUGGUCCCACCCAGACACAGUUACAGCAGGCAACAAUAGAACACUGACAGGUGCAAGGUAUUAUCACCAGAUAUUAUCAUCAUCAGUUAAAGAGAUUUAACAGGAUCUUAAAGCCCACAUAGAGUCUUAUUCAUUUUAUUUUUAAAUCAUCACUAUAUGUUUGAUAAAUCACUGUGUGUGUUUAUUUCAUGAAAAUAACUCCAAAUAUAUUUGUCAUUGUUUAUUUAGAGCUUCCUUUACAAUUGAAAUGCUCAGUCUAAUCAUGUGGGUGUGUUGAUAUAAAUGUAAAUAUGUUUACAUACACAGCCCUGAUUGGCAAAUAGGAUCAUCUAGACUCUAGACUAGAGCCUACCCCGCUUACACCUUCAAAGUAGGAUGAUACAUAUGCUAAUAAAAGUUGACUGGUCAUUGAUCAAAAUAAUCAGAUCAGAUUGUGAUGUCAUACUGUGGGCCAAACACUCCCUCCCAACCGAACAGUGAUGUUUUGACCUCAUACUGAAAAAUGGGAAAUCACGUUUUGACUGCACUGCCUCUUUAAGCACUUACAAAUGCAUAACAUAUUGUACACAUUUGAAUUUGUAAUGUAUCAUAUUCAUUGCAGGGAUACUUUCAAAACCACUGGCUGAAAUUAUACAAAACAUAUAUAAUGUAUCUUAAGCUGUUUAAAGCAUCUCUAUUCCAUGUGCUUGUUUGAGUGUUUUCAGUGAGAAUAUACACUUGAGGGUCAGUAAUGCAUUAUAAGAUCUUGUUCGCUGCUUUAGGCUCAUCCCAAACAGACGAAUGACACAAUUCUAAGAUAUUCAGUGACUUCAAAUGCUCAAUUGGUCUUUAAAGUAAAAUAAAAGAGAGGUAUUAAUUGCAUAAUGAACUGCUGAGCAAAAAUGAUCGCCAUGUGCACUAAGUCAUCGGCUAUACAGUACUGUAGAUCAGGAGGUUGAAUGAAGGUUGAAGGUAGCAUGGAAAACACCUGAAAUGACUACAAUCUCUUUAUUACAUAUUUUGCUGGAUGGCAUGGCAUUAUCGGUUAUGUGAUCAUCUACCUCUGAGAUCUUGCAUGUUUCUCGUCUGAUGUACUAUAUCAGCAAAUCCUUGUCAAACAGUCAUUUUUUGUUGGUUGAAUGUUCCAUAUUAACAAUAAACUGAACAUCACCCAUGAUGUUAUCAUCUCCAGA